UCAUGUUCACUGUUGUCCGGAUUUUGGAAUCCAUAUCCUCUCUCUUCUCUCUCUCUUGCUUCUCUGUUUCAUUGCAUUGAUCAUUAGUUGAUGUUGAAGCAGAGUUUUGGUUUCUUUUAUUUUUCAUUGGUUUCUGUUUUCCUUUAUUGUAAGCGGACUGGUUCUGGGUUUGCGUUUAGGGUCUCUUUCAUUGUAAUUUGACUUCCUCUUAGUUGAGAGAAAAGGAUCAGAAGUUGUAAAACUUGAGAGUAGCUCUAACUCUUUUUUGAGCUUCAGAAGGAAAGGCUCAUAUUUGAAGUUUUACAGUUACUCCUUUCAAUUAUGAAACGGUUCAGUAUUCCAGAAACUUUGGGUGCUAUGAUCUACCCAACUCAAGAGAAGAAGAAGAAUCGAAAGAAUAAUUUCGCAUACAGUACAGAAUUUCAGGCAAUGUUAGACGGUUUAGACGACGAGUACGAGGAAUGUACAGAGGAAAGCAGUCAAAGCAGCGAGAGGAAAAGGAGAUUGAGUCUUGAUCAAGUGAAAGCAUUGGAGAAAAUAUUCGAGGUUGAUAACAAGGUUGAGCCAGAGCAAAAGGUGAAAAUCGCCGAAGAACUAGGACUUGAACCACGACAAGUAGCAAUUUGGUUUCAAAAUCGACGUGCCCGUUGGAAGACCAAGCAAUUGGAGAGAGAUUAUGGCCUACUUAAAUCCAAUUAUGAAGCUCUCAGAGUUGACUAUCACAAACUUGAGAAAGAGAAGGAGGGUUUGAUUGCAGAGCUAAAAGGGUUAAGAGCAAAGCUUGGAGAGGAAAACACAGACAGCAAUCACUCUGUUAAAGAAGAUGCUCUGUUUUUGGAGCCAGACAACAAUGUAUUAGAACAGAGCAAGGCCUCUCUCACUGCAAUCUGUGGAAAACCAGAACAAACCAACCUUGGAAACAAUGGAAACUUACUGGAGAUUAAAGGCUAUUUGGGUAUUAAACAUGGGUUAUCCGAUAACAAUCACAGUGGAGUCUUUAAUGAAGACAAUAACCUAAAUGCUCAGCUACUCUCUUCUAUGAAUUCAUCUUUGAUGAAUUGUUUUCAGUUCUUGGAUUCAAGGGCAGUUGCAGAAAAAGGGUAUUCACACCAGUUUGUGAAGAUGGAAGAGCAGAGUCUGUUUGAAACAGAGGACUCUGCCAAUAUCUUCUCAGUUGAUCAAGCACCUACCCUGCAAUGGCACUUUUGAAGCCUAGGGCACAACUAUGUUGAUCCAUAACAUCAAAAAGAGAAAAUUGAUUAAGUUGUGAGGAAGUGAGAAAGUUACUAAUUUUGUCAAUUAAAUUUCUACACUUGUUAGCAAUUUAUAGAUAGAAAGUGAAAGAGAGGUUUCCACUAGGUCCAGAGUCUGUAGUGCUGAGAAGUAGUGGUGUUAUUUUAUGGUGACCUUUUUCAUAUGUGACAAUGAGUUUUUGGUAGGUUUUAUCUUACUGAAAUACUAUGUACUUGGGAAAAGUUAAUUAAAAAAUAAAUAAAUCUACUUUAGUCCCCGUACGUUCCUACCUUUUCAUAUGUAGAAUUUUCAACACCCUAUGCUAAGGCAGCCCUGCCAUAAAAUGGACCAUUGGAAUAUAAGUGAUCAGAUGUGAAGGGCAAUAAAAUUUAUAUAUUUUCUCUA